UGACUUGAUACCUCUGAAUUUCCCAUGAUUUUCUUCGCAAAUAUCAGUAUAACCUUGAAGGAAUCCGCCACCAGGUUCUGAAUUCCGUGCUUGCAUCGAUCGUUGGAUUCCCACCGUGUUUUCACAGUGACGACUCCUGUCAGCCUCCAGCCUCGUCUAGUCUAGUCUAGUCUCGUCUCGUCUCGUCUAGCCUAGUCUCGUCUCGUCCAGUCUAGUCCAGUCUAGUCCAGCCUAGUCUACAUUUUCUUUUCUCGUCCAACGCUAUACUUUACUCCCAACAUGAUCAACCCCCCUUCCAAAUCUCGGACUCCUUCUGCCCUUAAAAUCGUCACCCACAGGGCAUCCCUAAAGUGGCACCCAUAUACCAGCGAUCGAGGAUCUUCGUGGAAUAAGCUUUCGUCGGGAAUUCACAGUUUCAAUUCAUUGCUGCCCAAUGGGGCCUCAUCCUCUUUUUCUUCAAACCCGUCUCAACGCGCUCUGCCUCGGGGGCGGGGAAAGGGUCGGGGCCGGCAUAAGAAGAGCAUUCAAGGGAUUUCCUCUCCGAAUCCAUCGACGUCACCUGUACAUUUUCCUGUCAACGAUUGCAAAGAGACACCGAGCCCACGACCACAAACGCUUUUGGAUCCAGCCUCGGAUGACGACAAUUCUCAGCAAGAAUAUAUUCCUCGUGCGAAGCUCACAUUAGCCUGCGCAAACGAGCCCUACGCUAAGGACCUUGUCGCCCAGUGUGUGGCGAUGAUUCAGGAGAUCUAUUUGCUUCCGCCGGAUCCCCCGCUUCCGCCCGGUGUUUAUCUUCCUGGUCAUACGCCGCCACUUUCGCCUAUUCACCCACAGCCACAACAACAUCCAUUAGCCGCCCAACCUCAUGGACAGGCACUGAUAGCAGCGAGGAGGAUGAUAGCGGUGAAGAUGACUCAGAAGAAAAUGACAGUAAUUCAACCCCACCCCAUCCCUAUCCAGGCACGCUACAACAACCGGUUCAUCCCCACCCCCCUAUUACCCUCACCCCGGCACAGCAAGCUGCCACAUUUGCUCAGAACUUGUUGUACUUCGUCCAUGAAGUGCUUCGCAGGUCCCGCACUCCCUGCACUACGCUGGAAGUCGCAAUGUGUUAUAUUGGCGCGGUUCGUCUGGCAGUCCGCACGUUAUUGGCCGAAAGAGAAGAGCUGCAACGUCAUCUCCGACUGAAUAACCAGCCGUUUCAACCUGAAAUGCGUCGAAUUAUUUUCUCCCCACUCCACGAUGCUCGUCGCACCUUCCUUGCCUCCCUAGUACUGGCGAGUAAGUUUCAACAAGAUCGAGCAUACUCAAACAAAGCCUGGGCCAAGCUUUCUGGGCUGCCAGCGCAAGAAGUCACACGUUGUGAAAAUGCCCUCGGCAACGCGCUUCAAUGGAGGCUGUGGGUUGGCCGCGAUAUUCGCGUCGCCGCAACCGACCUCCAUCCGAUCCCCACUU